AGCAAAGAUGAGAAGGGGUGAAGAUGAGAAGCUACCGGCAUGAGGAGCGAGGGAUCAGAAUCCUAGAUCCGGCGUUACCAGCGGCUCCUCUCUCACUCCAGCGGAGACGGAUUCACCGGAAGGCAGAUUCAACGGAGGAAAGAAAUAAUAGCUAUGAAAAAAAUGCAGGAAAAAAGUGAGAGGUCGUUCAGCCUUUCUCUCUCCUCUUCUGCCCCGAUUUGGGGGGCACGUGUAACACCCCGAUAAUUUAGAUUUAGGUUCGACCUUAAUACGUGAUCGGUUGGAUUGGCGGUUAAGUACUAAGAGUUAGAACCGCGGUUUAGGAAUAAUAAUAAUAAUAAUA